GAGGCUGUUUUCGUCCUCUCAGAACAACACAGGAAGAGCAUGUGAACGGCGCGGACACCGUUUUUUCUUCCGAAAAUGCCCUGCUGGCUCACCAAAUUUGGUAUAUUUUAACUCUCGCCAUGGUUUCAUCGUCGUUUGGACUCAUUUGGAGCUCUGUGCUGUCGCUUUCAAACCUUUUAACCUCACUUCUGUUCUUGCUAGUCUAUUAUUUAGUCCGUUUUUAUCAGAAGCAGCGUACAAUAUACAAAAACAUUCCUCCAGGUCCAAAGCCGUGGCCUGUCGUCGGGAACUUCGGCAACUUUUUCGUGCCUCCUUCUGUUAGGACGAAAAUCGCAGGUCAGCCGAACAGCACCAACGCUAUAGAAAUUGAGGCUUUAAGGCAGCAAGCCACCGUGUUCGGGAACAUACACAGCCUUUUCAUUGGCGGCCAGCUGAUCGUCGUUCUGCACGGCUUCCAUCUGAUCAGAGACGCCCUCCUCAACCAGCCGGAGGUUUUCUCUGACAGACCUGACAUCCCUCUCGUCACCAUCCUGACCAAACGCAAAGGAAUCGUUUUUGCCCCCUAUGGACCAGUAUGGAGAAAACAACGCAAGUUCUGCCACACCACACUUCGGAGCUUUGGCUUGGGAAAGCUGAGUUUGGAACCUUGCAUACAACGAGGCCUGGCCGGCGUCAAAGCAGAGCUGCUCCGGCUGAACGAGGAGCGUGGCAGUGCCGGCGUGGACCCAGCCACCCUGAUCGGCAACUCUGUGUCAAACGUCAUUUGCUCCCUGAUCCUGGGCCAGUGCUUCCACCACCACGACGUGGAGUUCCGCACAAUGAUACGCCUCAUGGAACACGGGCUGAAAAUCUGCAUCAACAGUCCAGCGGUCCUCAUCAACAUCUUUCCGCUGCUCUACUAUUUGCCUUUCGGCGUUUUCAAGGAGUUACGGCAGGUGGAGCGUGACAUCACCGCGUUCUUAAAGAGGAUUAUUGCGAAGCACCGUGACACGCUGGAUCCCGACAAUCCAAGGGACCUCACAGACAUGUACUUGAUAGAGAUGUUGACUCAGCAAGCUGCAGGAGUGGAGGACAGCAGCUUCACAGAUGACUAUCUCUUCUAUGUUAUAGGAGACCUCUUUAUUGCUGGCACAGACACCACUACCAAUUCCAUUUUAUGGUUUCUGCUAUACAUGAUCUUACACCCUGACGUCCAAGACAAAGCUCAGGCCGAGAUCGAUGGAGUGGUGGGAAAACAUCGGGUUCCCUCCGUGACGGACAAAGGAAGCUUGCCGUUCACGGAGGCCACCAUCAUGGAGGUGCAGCGGCUGCACUCAGUGGUUCCCCUUGCCAUUCCGCACAUGACUUCAGAGACAACAGUGUUCAGAGGUUACACUAUUCCAAAGGGAACAGUUAUUUUUCCCAACCUGUGGUCCGUGCAUAGAGACCCAACACUUUGGGAGGAUGCUGACUCGUUCAACCCCUCGCGGUUCUUGGACAAUGAGGGGAAUCUGCUCAGGAAAGAGUACUUCAUACCAUUUGGCAUUGGUCGCAGAGUCUGCAUGGGAGAGCAGCUAGCUAAGAUGGAGCUGUUCCUGACGGUCACCACUUUACUGCAAGCCUUCAAGUUCAGACAUCCUGAAGGAAAUCCUCCACCUACCGUGAAGGAGCGCUUCGGCCUGACCAUGGCGCCCUGCCCUUUCAGCGUGUGUGUGACUCCUCGAGGUGGACCAAAUUUAAAUCCCUGAAAAACUAGGCAGAUGGACAGAACCAUUGAAAAUGGUUCCUGUUAGAGCGCCACAAAAUGCGAAAUCAUUGUGACGAAUGGAUAAUCCAUUGGUCUCUAGCACUUGAACAGUAACACAUAACAGUGUUAUGCUUUUAUAUGAAAAGUGCUUUAUAAAUAAAGUUUGAUUGAUUGAUCUCUAGGGCAUAUUGAAAAUGUGGUUUUAAGUUUUCCAUACUAAAGAAUUUAGUUAGUUGAUUCUUUUUGACUAACAUUUUUACCUGUGUUUGGUCCGGUUUCUCAUUUCAGAUCAAAAACUAUUCAAUCAUGAAUAUGCUGCUGACGCCUUGACGCCUGAAUUUAUUUCCAGCAAUAAAAAAAAAUCACUUUUUGCUAUCAAAGAUGCUAAAUUAAGGUAAUUUUGGAGCCCAAGUGGUUGGAUCCAUAUUUGCAUCUAUAGGUGUCAAGGGAUUCAUUUUUUUCCAAGGAAAAGACCAUUUCAAUAGUUGAAUUUCAGUGUUAGAUCAAAAUGUUAAAGAAUAUAAGGACUAGUGGAUCAGAUCUGAGUUGAUUUUUUUUUUAAAUCAUUGUUUUGAUUCAUGAAUGUUGAAAUGUAACGAGUAGUUAUAAUUUUUUUUGUAAAAACAUGUAAUAAGCACAGUUAAAUUAUGUAAGAUUAUUUGAAUUUUAAAUAAAUUUUAAACGAAAUUCA